AUGUCCUCGCAAUCCUGGAAACCAGUCAGACCUGAUGGAGCGUUCUGGGAAUCUCUUGACCCUGUCAUCAGCAGCACUGUGGCCGAGUGCCUCUCCCCCGCCGUGCUCGAUGACAUAAAUAACCAUUCCACCCUUUCCAACCCGGCCAAGUUCGAGCUCCUCGAGCAGGCCUUGACGAGAAAGCUUCUAUCUCUUGAAGAGAGCGCGAACCCAUCCUCUCUCCAUGACACGGACUAUCCCACUUGGCAACGCCUCAACUUCGCCCUUUUCCACGUCCUCCGCGGCGCCGGCGAUGCUGCAAGGCAGAAAGAAACCCUCCUCAAGCUAGUCAACAACCCUGGCCCAAGCGGACAGGAUGUAGCAGCGUUGCAGAACUUGGCUACAUUAUACGAGGAAACAGGCGAGCAUGCACAGGCAGAGAAGCUCGCUAAGGAGACCUUGCCAUUGCUUCGGCAACAUCCAGCCCUGGGACAGGAUAGUCCCCAGUCUCUGGGGUCGCUGCGUAUCCUGAUCAAGGCUCUUUGGAAACAGGGCAAGGAGAAGGAGGCGGAACAGGUGAUACAAGAGGCCAGCGCUAGUAUUGAUAGAUUGGCGGGAGGAAAGUUUUCAGACGUCCAGCAAGAAGAGAAGGAAGCGCUGGAAACGGUUGUUGCAGACUUGAAGAAGUAA